GGGCUGCGAAGUGAACGGGUUUUUUGUUGGUGUUGUUUUGUUUUGUUUUUUCCCCUCGCUCUACCGUUGAGAUCUCAUCCGCAGAGCUUUAGUUGUUUUUGUUUUUUUAAGACAGGGGGGUCUCUCUGGCUUUGACCUUGUGACCUCCCCGCCCCUAGAGUACCUGAGAUGAUAGGCAUGGACUUGUGUUUUUAAAUCGCAGGGUUUUAAAGGACACCCACUGGUCACUAAAACUGAAGUGUCAGAGGCCCUUGUAUACUCUCACACGUGGAGGCUUCGACUACAGUUCCUGGUUCAGAGCUGAGGCAGCAUGAGUCACUUACAAAACUUACUGUUAGAUACCCUACUAGGGACGAAGCAUGUGGACAGUGCGGCCCUCAUCAAACUCCAUGAAAGGAGCCUGUGUGUGACAUCACCAGGAUUUAGUGUAAUGCCAAGUGAUGUUCGAACACUUCUGAAUGGGUUUGCCAAAAACCCACUGAUAACCCGAAGGGAAGGGUUGUAUUUCAAGGAAAAGGAUUACAAAUGUGUCCGGGCAGAUGACUUUUCUCUUUAUGCCAAGAAUGAGAACACUGGUGUGGUGGUUGUGAAGACGCACCUAUAUCUUCUGGUGGCCACUUACACUGCAGGCAUGUAUCCUAGUGUCUGUGUGGAAGCCACAGAGAAGUUGGGAGAAUAUCUAAGAAGAAAAGGAAACUAAGUCACCAGACAACUGGUAAAGACACCUUUAUUAUCUUGAAAGAAAAGUCUAGAUCCUUAAGAAGAAGUAUUUUGUGGUUGAAAAACACUGAGUGGAAGAUUAAAACAAAGACUGAGUUAAGGGAACACUUUUUUUUUUUCUCAUUUCAAGAAGUCACCAUCUCUAACUGAAAGGACCUGACCAGCUCGUUCCUUUUCUUUAAGCAUUGGUCACUGACUUGAAACCUGAGUGCAAUAAUGGCUUUUCACAGGACAAAUCUGUUGGGAGGCUCACCUCCAAGUCCCCACACAUCUUGCCAGAGAUUCCAAGAAUGUAGGCCCUAACCACGCCUGUGUGUGAGCCACAUGCACAUCGAAGUUAGAGGACAGCUGUGACGGUCGGUUCUCCUCUCCCACCAUGUGGGUAGUGGGAAUGGAACUCGGGCUGUAAGGGUUGGUGGCAAGUAAACCCACUGGACCAUCUCACCAGUUCCCCAACCACUCUGUACCUAGGCCACAUCAGUGUCGUGCCACCUUUAAAAAAUUAAAGUAAUGCUUCUUCCUCGGGGGGAGGGACUUGCUAAGUGCUUUCUGCCAAAGAAGUAGAGUUCCUGAG